AACUUUGCCAUUAAUAGAAGAAGAACCACCUCUCUCUUGCUUCUCUCUCAAAUCUCAUAACUUUUUUUUGCUUCCUGCUUGGUCCGAAACUAAGAGAUUAUCAAAUCACAGAGCGAAUUCAAUGGCGGAAGUCAAGGUCCAAUCCGACGCGUCUUCGGAUUCUCAGCCGCUAAUUGACAAUCAACCGCCUCCAUCUCCGCCGCCGCCGCAGCCGGAGGUUGAGAAGGAGAAGGAGGAAGAGGAGGAGGAGAAUCAAAGGAAAUCAUCUCCGACUCCUCCGCCGCAACAACCACAGUGGAUGGCGAUGCGAUAUCCGCCGGCGGUUGUAAUGCCGCAUCAGAUGAUGUAUGCUCCGGCGCCGCCGCCAUCGCCUUACUCGCCUUAUCAUCAGUUUCCGAGUCACCAUCAUCAGCAUCAUCAAUCUCGUGGUAACAAGUAUCAGAACGCAUCCAACGGUGAGAACAAGACGAUUUGGAUCGGUGAUUUGCAUCACUGGAUGGAUGAGAGUUAUCUGAAUUCUUCUUUUGCUUCUGCCGGCGAGAUGGUUUCAGUGAAAGUUAUUCGCAAUAAGCACACUGGUUUAUCUGAAGGCUAUGGAUUUGUGGAGUUUCUUUCCCAUGAUAUCGCCGACAAGGUCUUGCAAGAAUUCAACGGAACAACAAUGCCGAAUACAGAGCAGCCUUUCCGUUUAAACUGGGCUAGUUUUAGCACCGGUGAGAAGCGAUUAGAGAACAAUGGCCCUGACCUCUCUAUCUUCGUCGGGGACUUGGCGCCCGAUGUCUCUGAUUCUUUGUUGCACAACACAUUCUCGGAGAAGUACCCGUCGGUUAAAGCUGCUAAAGUUGUCAUAGAUGCCAAUACUGGCAGAUCAAAAGGCUACGGCUUUGUGAGAUUUGGAGACGAUAACGAAAGAACCAAAGCUAUGGAAGAGAUGAACGGCAAAAAAUGCUCAAGCAGAGCUAUGCGAAUCGGUCCUGCUACACCUAGGAAGACAACUGGUUAUCAGCAACAAGGUGGAUACAUGCCAAACGGUGCCAUGACGCGUCCUGAUGGGGACUCAUUAAACACAACAAUAUUUGUUGGAGGACUUGACUCUAGUGUCACUGACGAAGAUUUAAGGCAACCUUUUACUGCGUAUGGGGAAAUAGUCUCUGUCAAGAUUCCUCUUGGCAAAGGAUGCGGAUUUGUUCAAUUUGUUAACAGACCGGAUGCAGAAGAAGCUCUGGAGAAACUAAAUGGAACUGUCAUUGGAAAACAAACAGUUCGGCUUUCUUGGGGCCGUAGUCCAGCCAACAAGCAGCCAAGAGAUAAGUAUGGAAACCAAUGGGUCGGGCCAUACUAUGGAGGACAGUUUUACAAUGGGUAUGGAUACAUGGUGCCGCAACCUCAUGACCCGAGAAUGUAUGCAGCUGGGCCUUACGGAGGGUAUCCAAUGUAUGGUGGUCAUCAACAACAAGUAAGCUGAGGAAACUAGUCAGAGCCUCUACAGAUAAACAAAAACUCACUCAACUUUAGGUGAUGUUAGGAGGUACAAGGCAAAAGAGAAAAAUGUGCUGGCCUUUUGUCUCUCCUUGGCUUUAGGGUUUAUCUUCUAGUGGAAAGAGAGUUUUGAUGGAAAACAUGUGGGAGUAAUUUUAGGAGACUUGGAUUUGAUUGAUUUAUUUGAUUUGUUUCUUGAGAUGCUUUUCACUAUGGAACUUAUUUGAUCUAAAGUAAGAAGUGAGUUGCACCGA